AUGUGUAGAGUUGCAAGUCUGAUUUUCUUUAAGCUGAUAUUGUUUGGUUUAAAAGGCGUUACCGAGAAGAAAUGGGUACCCCAAAGCAUAACAGACAGACAGACAGACGUACAGGCGGAAGGACGGACAUGCCGAUCACUAUAUUGCCUCCAAUUUUUCAAGUGCAGGGAUCACUCACAGAGGCGUGUCCAAGGCAAAAACCUUGUCCCCGAAGAUGCCCAUUCAGGUACAAGAAAGACGCAAAUGGAUGCAGAACUUGUGAAUGUUGCCCUGUUUUGCGAUGUCCUUUCUGCUGGCGAGGAUAUAUAAUUGGAAAAGAAGAAAACCAGUGUAUGUCAUGUCAUUGUAAAUGGGGACUCUGAAAAAUCGGCAUUCAUCGACUCAUCAACGUUGUUUCGUUUUUCUGAGAAAUUUCGGUUUAUGACUCAUGAUCUUUUUAUUUAAUUUGUUUUCCUUUUUAAUGUCGUUACUAUACAUUUUACAAUGACUGUUUGCAAAGUUAAUGUAUAAUUUAUAUAAAAUUAACAUGGAACAGAUCUUCAUUUUAGAAAAAAAUAUACAAAGCAUUUAUUUUAUUA